AUGAAAUUAUCAGCAAAGUUAUGGCAAAGUGUUGCCAAGAAUUAUGCAAAACUUCUCGAAGAAGAAGAAACUAGUGAUGUAUCUAUAACUGUUGGAAGUGGUGAAGAUGUAAAAACAUUUUAUGCACACUCAUUAAUCUUGCGAACUCAAACACCUUAUUUUCAUACUGCUUUGUCAGCUCAAUGGGGAAAAAGGGAGGGAGAUAAAAUGUUCUUAUCAAAACCAAAUGUCACACCUGCGAUAUUUGAAGAUAUUCUCAAUGAAUUAAAGUUAGAUGAUAAAGAUGUUCAACACUUGCUUGGUCUAUUGUCUGCUUCUGAUGAAUUGAUCCUUCCGACACUUUCCGAACAUCGUCAUCAUCCUUACGCUAGUGGGAACUUUUUCAAAUCAAAUUAUGGCAAAAUCGCUGCAUAUCGAGCUUCAUUGUCAAAAUAUGCUACAACAAGACCAAAUGGAUUUAAAAGAGUGAUUAUUGGGCCGUAG